AUGGAUCUACGCCGACUAGCGUCUUCAAGUUCCGACGCAAACGUCGAGUCACCUUCAGACAGCUCUGACUUUGUCUUCGAUGGAACCAAUUCUGAUCUUGCGAAACAGCUCUACAAUCGCGCCAGGGCAGGAGACGAUGUGGAAAAAUUUCCCAAGUUCGAGAUACCACAAACUCUCCAGACCCGCCUCGAUCAGCUUCAACUGGACUGGUACAAACUACCAGGCAUCGCACAACGAGCGCUACUGUGGGAUUCUGGCUUCGGCAUCUCCUCGUACAAUAGACCGGUGAAAAUUUGGACGCUGAAUGACCACUCAAUGGCCGAUCUUGCAGUUCCAAAAUCUCGAUACGAAGCGGUUAACUGCACCGUGAAAGAGUGCACUCAACGGGAUGGCAGCAUAUCGUACGCCAACUAUAAGUGCCUUGGACGCGACAUGCUCAAAGCUGCGAGGUGCGUUGUGGAAGAUUUUGAGGAUGAAACCGACAUUCACGCGGCGAUGUGGGUCACUGGCGGCGACCCUGAGGUCGUCCCAACUCUGCGAGUGAACAAACAUGAGUGGAAAGACAUGCACGACAACAAUAGUUACAUCGUGUUUGCGGUUCAUACAAUCGACCAGAACGGCGAGCCAGCGUGGGAUCAAUGUGCCAAGGCAAAUCAAAACAAUGGGUAUGGGUCACUAGUACUACCGUGCCACACGACUGCAAAUAUUACAGCUGAAAUCAACAGCUCGAAGCAAGAAGUUACGGGGAGUGCGUGGGUGUCUCAGUGGCUUGUUGAAGAGUAUUCGUCUGUUGCCGGUACGACUGAUGAUGGAGAAAUUAAUUUGUCGCUACUUGCGCCGAUUGUUGCUGGAGUUCUUGUUGUCAUCGGUGUAAUUGGACUCUUCGUCUUCUUGAAAAAGAGACGGCAAUCCAGAGAGGAUCCAAUUGGUUUUACUGAAUCACCCGUAUGUCCAGAUAACUACUAUCAAAGCUGCAGAGAUCUCGAUUUUGGUGCUAGGUCCACAGUUCAUACCGUUGUGGAUUCGGAAACUGCAACAUACAAAGGCGUUGACAGAACCAUCAAACUCAAGCCCUCCUACACUGGAGAGUUCGGCUCGGGGUCCAAUCGCACACUAAACAUUCUUCACAACAGCGAGUUUCUAGUCGGAAAGCGUUUAUCGUACGACAGUAUCAUCUUCAAGCAAGCUCUAUCUAAAGGAGCAAACGGAGAAGUGUGGCUCUGUGAGUGCCAAAACGAGCAAGUCGCUGUCAAACGUCUCUUUCAAAACCAGAAUCACCAUGCAGGCGAAGUGGAGGAGUUCGCACAAGAGAUUGAGCUCAGCGCCAGCUUGAAACAUCCCAACAUCGUGUCGUUUAUUGGAAUGGCUUGGAAUUCGCUCAAUAAUUUGGUUAUGGUGCUCGAGUAUUUCCCGAUGGGGGAUCUGCAGUCGUGUCUACAGAAGAAUGGCGACUUGAUGUCCUGGUCCAGGGACAAAAUCCACAUCGCUGUGGGGACAGCCAGUGCGUUGCAGUAUCUGCACUCAAGGACACCGCCGCUCAUCCAUCGGGAUCUGAAGUCGAAGAAUAUCCUUCUAACGCGAGCACUAGAGGCAAAACUGAUCGACUUCGGUGUCAGUCGAGCUCGACAGGAGUAUUCCAUGACCGCCGGAGUUGGUACGCCAUACUGGACUGCACCAGAAAUCUUGGAAGGCAAACGAUACACAGAGCAGGCGGAUCUAUACUCUUUUGGAGUGGUGCUGUCUGAACUGGAUACCUGCAAACUACCCUUCCACGACGCAUUUACGUCGGAUGGGAAGAAACUUAAGCCAGUCCAGAUCUUGGCAGACGUGAUGGCAGGGAUGUUGCGUCCGAGCUUUUCCAAUGAAUGUCCGCAGCGUAUCCGUCGUAUAGGUGUAGCAUGUUGCCAACAGGAUCCAUCGAGACGGCCAAGUGCUGCUCAGGUCGUAAGCAUGCUGACAGAGACAGAUUAA